AUGGCAGUCUCUCACAAGGGCACGGCUUCGUCCGACCCGCCAACCUCUCAUGACCUGCCUAUGUCUCCGCCGGAGCCAAAUCCAUACACAGAGCUAUCCGAAGAUGAGCUGUACGAGAAGUUCCAAAACGAUGGACCGGUGUUAGCCGAUCACAGUGAAAAGACCAAAGCGGCCAAAAAAUCAGAGGAGGCCAAAUGGAUCGCGUUCUGCCAACGCCGGGCGAAAGACCCCGAGGAACAACUGAAGCGCAGCGAUGCAGCACUAUUCAAAGUGUACCUGGUCCGGCGGGUGAAGAUGUCGCGGAUCGAAAAACAGUCAUCCAUCAUGACAUACUGGAAAACCUUGAGCAUGGUAUAUGCAGAGAAGGCAAAAGCCUGGAUGAGCGAUGCAAUUCUCUACGAUGUUCGCAACUGGAUUCGUACAGACUUGACGCCGAGAUUUUGUCUUGAUACUUCGCAGAGGGAGAAAGCCGGGCUCUAUAUCGAGGACUUGGCCAUGCUACUCAACCAACUCUGGAUCCGCGAUGAAGGGACCUUUGAGCAUGAGAGAUUGCGCGCCCAGCUAGCAGAAAAUCUGAUUAUCGCGGGUGCUACCGCAACGCGACCGGGUGCCCUGAUCGGAGCGAUGCUUUACGAGCAUUGGGAAUUCCAGGUCUUCCCACCAAUUCAAGGUUCCAAACGAGUACGGCUCGUUUUGGUCGUCAAUCUCGAGCAUAUCAAGCGAGCGGCAGGGGAUUCCGAGCCGAAAAAGUUUGCCUUCCGUGAAGACGAUAUGCUUCUCUACGAUCCCCUCAUACCGGCCUUGGCGCUCGCGUUCUCUGACGGCGCCUUUUUGAACUGCUUUUCCACACCUGAGGACAUCUACAAACUCAAGGUGCCGCCGAAUCAGGACCGACUUCGGCUCCUGUGGAAAGAAGAAUGGCGAAAACGCCCUAUAUUUCGCGACACUGUAGCGACAGCCUACGGCUCGUCUAUUUCCGAAACCAAAGCUCUGUCUUAUGACAGGGAACGGAAGCACUUGAUUCGAUUAGGCCGUUCUACCGGAUUUGAGAAGCAACUACAAUGGUACGACCUUCGUCGUGGUUCAGGAAAGAGGAUCAACGAGGAGCUCACGCCGGAGGAAAGAAACAAGAUCAUGGGUCAUCGCAAAGGCGAUUCGAGCACCUACCUGACCUAUUAUAUGUCCAACUUCAUAGACAGGGACUGCCAAUCCAUUUGCUUCGGCAGCACCCCGCAGCAGGAUCUCAUUCACCUUGCAGCUCGGCUGCAGCGUCACGAUGCGGCGCCUACAUGCCUGACGGAGGAAGAGCUUGCAGAGAUCAACGAAGACGACGAUCUCAAGGCGCUUCGGUUGGCCAAAGCCAACGCCGUGCAAGCAUGGAAAGAUCUGGGCUAUCGAAGUAGGGAAGCUGCUGCCGGUACCACCGUGCGACAGGACUACGAUCGCUAUAGCAGAGAAGCUGAGAACCUGUCCAAGUAUCUCAAGGCUAUACGCCUUCGGCAGGUCCUGGAAAGGUUUCACACAAAUGUCCAUGUGGAGGAAAUAGACCGCCAGCUGCGGGGCAUCAAACCCGCCGACAUCAUUGCGCCGCCCAGCAUAGCGUACGACUUACCCGAGAGAGCUCAUGUUGCUAAAUCGGGAGGUCAGUCGGCUCUGCGGCCGGCAGGAAAGUCGGGCGAUUCGGGAGACUAA